ACCCACCUGUAAUCAAGAUUGGAAUUGCUUUGUAGGAACGGUAAGGAACUGAUUAGGUGCUUAAAUGCGAGAUUAUUCGGAUGUCUUCAUUGGUGUACGGGCGGACUUGUCUGAUGUACGGAUGCAAAGUUUUGGGAUGGGGUUUGAAUUAAUGCAAAGGUCCAGGGAAUUGUAAACACUAACCACUAGUACAAGCCAACAGGAUGAACAGAGAGUCGCCAUUCAUAGACCAUGACCAGGAGAACAAGUCCACGUAUAGCGAUAAACAGCGCCAUUUCAAUAGUCUACAGUUAGAAUUACAACGACUCCAUCAUAAUAUGGGAGAAUUUAAUGAACUAAUUAACGAAACCUCGAAUCAAUAUAAAUAUAUACAAAAUUUGGCUAUAAUGCACGGAUCUUUAUUUAUGGCUAGUAAUACAGUGUUUGGACAUGAAAAUGAAUAACGUAUAUAAGUAUUUACAAG